ACAAGCCGCGCUAACAUGGAGGAUUUGAUUAUUUUCAAAGACUUAAAAUUUAAUUUAAAUUUUUUCUCUGGCCUCGAGACAAUGAGUAAGGAGGUGAAAAGCAUGUUCUUCGAGAACUUGAAGGAAAGGCUUGACAUGAUGCACAACGGGGAAUUCUUCAAUGUCAAGGAGAUGGUGCUAAUAGAUCCCCAAAAAUUGUAUGCCGUAAACGUGGACGAGUUCUGGCAUCACUCGAACCCAUAUGUCCAUAAGAUCUUUGUCAUCUACCUAACAGACUUGGACACUCGCGACCAGGUGAUAAUCUAUGCCCGGAGCAUCUUUUCGAAGGAGUCUGACGAAUAUAUGACCAAUGCGGGAGUGACUUCAGACUGUAUUCUGUCAGUACUGGAGGAAGUGCCACCAGAUGUGCGACGAAAUGUGGUUGCCAUCGUGUCGGAUCCUUUCCGGAUGAAUAUAAGGGCCAUGGAACAUGUAUAUUGCCUCUGCUCAUAUGAGCCGCCUCCAUUGGUGUUCGACGUGACACAUCUUUUGGCAAACUUUGCCAAAGAAAACGAAUUGGCUUGCAUAAACACCGUGAAAGUGGUGAUGAAAACCACCUUCCACAAGGAGAGCUACGUGGAGCAGCUGAAAAAUAUUAGAAAGGCAUUUUGCUCCGGAAACGUGUGUAAUUUGAGUCUUGUUCGGGCUUUUAUAAAAGCCGUUGGAAAAACUUUAAACAAAAUAUUCCAGAUCAGGGACGAGGUCCUGUUGACAAACCUCAACUGCGACAUGAUGGCGCGUCAUGGAAAGAACAUUGUUUCCCUGAUGCCCAUAAUGACCCUAGACGACUGCUCGAAGGGGGGUGGCCUACUAAAUUUUAUGGUCUUUGAUGCGGCCAAGCCGUUUCUCCAGUCCAUCGCUGGUCAACGUUUGCCGCAAAACAACAACACGAUGUCGGUGGCCAAGAAGCAUGUGAUGGGCUUCUCACCCAAUGAAGGACAAUUCUUUGCCCUUGUGGACGAGCACGGGGUCCUUCGUAUAUGGGAUACAGAGGCCAAUUCACUGAAACAAGAGUUUACAACCAAUCUAUAUCUCUUUGGAGACUGCACUGCUCUCACAUGGGUUUCUGUGGACGCUAUACCAACUCGGCGUGCCAAGAAGUCUCAGAAUGAUUCGGUGGUCGGCAGUAAUAAACUGUACAUAGCUCUAGGCACAAUGGGAGGCAUUGUGUCUUUAUAUUCCCUGGCGGAGGGACAGAUCGAACGCACAUUGAGCGGAGACAAUCAUGAUGGUCCAGUCACCUCAAUUGCCUAUAAUCAGAGCAAGGGACAUUUAUAUACAGUAGGAGAAGACUGUCGUGCCCUGGUGUGGUCCAUAACCGAGGAACGUUGCAUUGCCGACUGGCAGGUGGGACCUGAGAAGCCGCAAAAUGUUGUUUACCUGGCUAAAAGCCGCUCAUUAGCUGUCGGAGCGCGUUCGCUAAAGAUCUUUGAUGUUGAGACCAAAGAAUUGGUUGAGACAUUCACUGGGCACUCAAGCGAUAUAAAUGCAAUGACGAGCAUAGCUGACAAUGAUCUAGAAUUCAUACUUACUACAGCUCACAUGGAGCGAGUGAUUAGUUUCUGGAAAAUUGAUAAACGAGGCAAAAAUAAGGCAUCCGCUUGCACUUUGCGAAUGGAGGAUCCGGCUUACUGCUUGGCCUGUGAAGUACGCACCGAGGAUGGUUCAUUGCGGGUGGCGAGUGUGACACGAAAUGGCAUUCACAUAUAUUUACUCAAAAUAAACGGCCUCUCAUCAGAGAAACAUAUAAAGCCGAAAGUUUCCUUGCAAAUAGCCUCUGAUGGAGCCGAGACCUUGGAACCUCUUCAUGCAUUUGGCGCCCAUUUUGUUCAAGAUAAAACUCGAACCCAUGAAAUCCUCUUUGGCUAUGGCAGUCGCAGUUUACUGCAGUUCGAACGUUUUGCUCCCAAUUAUGCCGAGAAACUAAACGUCAUUGUUAGAGCUGAUCCCAAGAAAUUAUAUGCCAAAAAACAACAAGAAGGUGAAACCAUGACCGGCAAAUUGCAAAUGCAAAGCAAGACGCAAUAAUGUCGAUAUACAGCCGAUGAUGAGGAGGAUAUGAUAAUGAAACAAGAUUCGGAUAAUGAUGAUGAAGAUUCAUCAGACCCAACAGACUCAUCUGGAGAGUAAUACUUUUUUUUUGUUUUAAAAAACACUCGAUUUUCCAAACACAAUUUUCAUUUAGGUUAAUAUUUUAUCAACUACAUUUAAUAACAGAUUGAAAGCAUUGUAUUUUGUUUACUU